AUGGGUGAUUCAACCGUGAGCAAGUGGUCUGCAGGAGUAGGCUAUCAAUGCGCCCAAAUAGACGGUCCAGUUCUCUCUCAGACUGAUCUUUAUCUGCUCAAUACCGAGCUGCAGCUACACCCUAUCAUGGCUGGCGCAAACCAUGGCUUCCACCUCAUGUUCAAUCUCGUUACUGGCUCUACUGGUGGCUUCAAUCCCAAUGACCGGGAUCGUGAUAUCCCAUUUUCUGCCAAAGACGAGCCUGCAACGCUUCCUCGCGUUCAAGACCUCAUCAUCAUUACCGAGUCCAGCCCAUGGUGCACGGUAGUGCACAAUGAGCGUGGCGUUACUAUGGGCGACGUCUGCAGCACGAUUUGGAAGGAGUACACAGAGAAUUAUGUAACCGACGCAGAAUUUAACGUUCUCCCUCCAAGAUUGCAGGAACAGGUCAAGAGGGCCGCUACGCAUAAUAAUGCCUCUGGUGCAGCUUGGAACAUGUAUUACAACACCCCUGCACCCAAUCGGUACAAGCGGGUUGAUUGGCUUCGAGACAAGUACUACUUUGACGGCCUGUCAAAGAAGGACAGCUACUCGAUUCAGCGUCUUGGCUUCAAGGCUCCCAACAUCUUUCUGGAGUUUUACUUCCGAGAUCAUCGUCGUGAUCGGAUUUACACUUAUUUCAGUAUGGGAACCGUGACUAGGAAUAGAAACUGGUUCACGAAGGACCAGGAAUCACCCCAAUGGCUACCGACAUUGCACAUGCCAAGCCCGAACCAUAGCGAGUUUAGGGUCCCCAGUAUUGAACUUGGAGCCCAGAAACGGCAGGAGGCCCCGAAUGGUACAACAGGGCUGAGUUAG